UGCUCCAUCGUCACAUGAUACAGUUGCUGCUGCGUGAUGACAUCACAGCUAGAGGCAGGUCAAGUUACUGUAGUUCGGUUUCUUCUUCCUUGUUCUUUCCCUUCAGUCAUCUACCGGCCCGGGCGAUCUAAAGCAAAGUAGACAGGCAUAAUGUCCCAUCAAACGGGCAUACAAGCUGCGGAGGAAGUGAAAGAGAUCUUUGCUAAGGCGAGGAACGGCGCCUAUCGCCUGCUGAAGGUCGUCAUUGAGAUGGAGACUCUGGUGCUGGGAGGCACCAAGCAUGCGUCUAAGAAGUGGGACCAGGAGUAUGAUGCCUAUGUGCUGCCUCUCCUACAGGAGGACAUGCCCUCCUACCUCCUGUACAGGCUGGACUCUACUAACAACCAGGGAUAUGAGUGGAUCUUCCUGGCCUGGUCACCUGACCGCUCACCUGUUAGACAGAAGAUGUUAUAUGCUGCUACAAGAGCUACACUGAAGAAGGAGUUUGGGGGUGGACACAUCAAAGAUGAAAUAUUUGGCACAGUGGAGGAUGAUGUGUCUCUGAGCGGGUACAGGAAGUACCUGAUAGCACAAGCUGCUCCACAACCACUGACUGCUGCUGAGGAGGAGCUGAGGCAGAUCAAACUGAGUGAGGUACAGACAGACAUCAGUGUGGACACUAAGCAGCAGACUCUGACGGGCGUGGCCUUCCCUAUGCAGCGAGACGCCAUCCAGGCUCUGGAACAGUUCAGAGAGAAGAAGAUCAACUACGUACAGCUGGAGAUAGAUUUUAGGAAUGAGUGUAUCAAGCUGUCCAGCACCACUCCUACAGAACUGAAGGAACUGCCCAAGAGGAUCCCCAAGGAUGCAGCCCGAUACCACUUCUUCCUGUACAAGCAUUCCCACGAGGGAGACUACCUCGAGUCUACAGUGUUCAUCUACUCCAUGCCGGGGUAUAAAUGUAGCAUCAGAGAGAGGAUGCUCUACUCCAGCUGUAAGAACCCUCUCAUCGAUACUGUGGAGAGCAACCUGCACAUCCAGAUAGCCAAAAAGCUGGAGAUUGAUAACGGUGAUGAGCUCACCGCAGAAUUCAUGUACGAAGAGGUCCACCCUAAGCAGCACGCACACAAGCAGGCCUUUCCCAAACCUAAAGGCCCCGCGGGAAGAAAGGGGGCGCCGGAUCACUAGACCACCAGGAGAUGGGGAAGAAGACUAAUAAAACACCCCUCCAUUUUAGUCCACAAUGGAACAUUCCGCUUAGUAUAUAAGAACCCUUUAUCUGGUUGAGUCCCAAAUGGCCCCCCUAUUCACUUUAUAGUGCACUACUGUUGACUAGGACCUAUAGGGCUCUGGUUAAAAGGAGUGCACUAUAUAGGGGAUAGGGUUCCAUGUAGGAUAUAGACCAUUGACAUGAAUCCCUCCUAAUGCCCUUUAACCUCAUAGACAACCAGCCUGUAGCCUAUAUGAACUAUGCACACACAGACCACCACACUAAUAUAAGCCAUGACACUCAAACCUGUGAACUUACUUACAUUAGUAGCAUGUUAUUUAGACAGACAGUAGGUGCUGUGUUUUCAUGAUGAGAGAGCAAGAGAGAGAGAGCGUGAACAUUUCCCUUUAGAGCUAUAGCUAAUGUUAUUUUAUUUCUCAUAUUAUUUGAGAAUGUUUUUAAGAUAUAUGGUUUCCAAUGCUGGUUCUGGAGAGCUGGAUGUGUUUUUAAAAUAUAUGGUUCCCAAUGCUGGUUCUGGAGGUUCCGGAGGGCUGGAGGUUCUGGAGAGCUGGAGGUAUGAGAGGAAAGACCUUGUGGUUUUUCUAGUGAGCAUGUGAUACUGAUCUGACCACUUCACCUUGUUAUUAGUGCUGAUUCAAUGCCGACAAUGUUGUAGCAGUUCUGUAACGCGUUGUGUAAAGUCAAUCAAUAGAGAAUGUUGUUCCACAACCGCUAGCCCUUCAGGAUCACAGUUGAGGACUGGGUCCUAUUCAUGUGACACUAAAUGGAGAAAACAGAGAGGGACCACCUAAACUUGUCCAGUAAGAAUAGCUUGUUUUCGCUUUCUGCUGAUAAAUGUUUGAAAACGUUUUGCUAUGGUGUGCCUAAUGAAUAGCACCAUGCUGAUGUAGAAGCUUGAUUUGGGAGAGAAGAGAGGCCAUGUGUGGGUCUGUGGAUGUUGUUAAGAAGCCUAAUGCUUUUGUAUACAUUUUACUGUAUGCAUCUAAUUUGUACUACCAAUACCAUGUCCAUAACAACUAUAUGAUUACGAGUCAGUCCAAAAUCUAGUAAGUGAUUUCUCUUUCCAUGUUCUUUUUAGUGAAGAAUGAAAAAUCCUAUAGAAAGUAUUUUUCUAGGUCUGUGAUGUACUGUAUGUGUGUAUGGUGAUCUGCGACUGAGAGGUCACAGCCUGAAUCAGUUGAGUGUCAACCGUUAUCUGUUUGUCGGUCUGUUUGAGAGAGAGAGUGCCUGGGUUCGUCCGGAAUGGCACCCCAUUCCCUAUAUAGUGCACUACUUUUGACCAGAGCCCAUCAGAAAAGGCACCCUAUUCCUUAUAUAGUACACUACUUUUGACCCAGGUGCCAUUUCAGACGCAGACGUGUUUGUCAAUCAGGGUUGCUCGUUUGUGCAUUUCACAUCAGUGAUAUUAAUCCCACAUAAUAUGCAAUGCUUUUCAACCACAAUGCUGCAGGUCUUUCCCCACGUGACACUGUGUGUAUGCAUGUCAUGUUUAUUAGAACCACAAUGAAGGGAAGGGACUGUGAUUCCCAGGUAAAAUGUCAUGGAGGAUCUGUCUACUGAUUCCAUGAAAAGGCAAACCACUAUGACAUGUUCGUCCUGUACUAGAUUACUAUGACAUUACGCAAUUCUGAAGGAGUCCUAGUAUGUUGAAACUAUCAUGUUAUGUUUCAAAUGUUUUUUUUUCUAUGAAUUAAAUUGUGUAAGGAAAUGAAAUAAAUUAAAAUAUUUAAAUUACAUUCA